UUGCCAUGUGUGCAGGAUGACGUACUGCUAUACUUCUUGAUGCCACCUCCGCCAGGGUUAGACCAAGUCCGCGUGGAUCCGCGGAGACCGUGCCCCAGGCGCGACUUCUCACAGGAUGACGAAGAGACCGUGGUGGAGGAAGCAGAGGUAGACUCAAGCAGUGAAGACGACACUGUCUUGAGUCAAUAUGUUAUGAAGAAGCGGCAAGAUAAAGCCGGCAGCUCUGCUGGAUCAUCAAAGAGGCCAGCGGAAAACUUGGAGGAUGACGUCCCUCAACCGCCUCGGAAGAAGAGGAACACGGUGAGGAAACACGCGGUUAGAGUGACCGUAAACCCCGAUGGCACACCAUUGCAGACUGCCGCAGGUGCUGGGCAACCGUCAGGAGCCGCCCAGGAGCCGUCGACAAGCACUGUGGAGAUCAUCGAGGUGGAGGAUGAUGUCGCCAAGCCUGCUGGAUUAAGGUCACAUGAAGACCAGCCAGCAGCGACAGAGAUAACGGGAAUGCCGCAGGAACAGCAGCGGCCUUCGUCACCGGUGGUCAAGACGGCGAAGACCAUGCCUAGUCAUCAGGCACCGGAGCCGUCAUCAGAUGAAGAGGAGGAUGUGCCACACCUCGGAGAAGGGUUUCAUUGACCUCACUGUUCCACUG